GAGCUCAGUCCACUACCUGUGAUACUCUUGUUGGUUUCACAUAUAACAGUGGCUCAUGCUCAAGCUAAACCCACUCUGAGAGUAAAUCCUCGGAGCUCCAUCUACAGCGGAGACACCAUCACUCUUAGCUGUGAGCUGCAGGGGACAACUGCAUGGGAGUUUUUCUAUUAUAAUAUUAAUCAAGGCUUACAUUUUCCAGUGAACAGUAAACAAGCAAAUUUAUUUAAAGUGACAGUCAAUUAUGCAGGAGAAACUGUGUACCAGUGUCGUGCACGCACAAGAGACAUUCCCAAACAUACCGACUACUACUACAACAACAACUACUACUUCACAGAGCACAGUGAGCCUGUCAAGAUUACAAUAGGAGAAGGAAGACCACAGACAGUACUGAGUGUAUCUCCACAAAACUGGCUGACUGAGGGGGCCUCAGUGACUCUAAGCUGUAAGGUUACAGACUCCUCUACAGACUGGACAUUCAGCUGGUACACAAGUGUUCCCUACAGAGACGGUGUAACUGCAGUACAAAAUAGUAAUGGCUACGUCAUGUAUGUGGAGCUUCUCUCAGACAGCAGCAGAGGAUCUGGAGGCUACUACACUUUCAGUCCCUCUGCUCUUUAUCACACAGGAUUUUAUGUGUGUAGAGGAGAGAGAGGAGAACCAGUCAGUCAUACACUGUACAGCAAUCCAGAGCCUCUAUGGAUCUCUGGUGAAUCUCCUCCAGUGUCUCUGAUCAUCAGUCCCAGCAGAACUCAACACUUUACUGAUGACUCUCUCUCACUGAGCUGUGAGGACCAGAGUAACUCUACUGGAUGGAAAUUUAAACAAUACACACACACUAAGAGAGUGUUCUCUUGUUCAAUUUGGGGAUCAGGAGAACCUACAUGUAACAUCAGUCUUCUCUCCACAUCCUACACUGGAGUUUACUGGUGUGAGUCUGAAUCUGGAGAAAACAGUAAUCCUGUCAACAUCACAGUUCAUGAUGGUGAUGUGAUCCUGGAGAUUCCUCUUUAUCCUGUGACUGAGGGACAUCCUCUGACUCUACACUGUUUAUUUCGCAACAGAAACCACCUAAAUCCCCAAGCUGAUUUCUAUAAAGAUGGAUCAGUCGUCCAGAACCAGACUACAGGAGAGAUGAUCAUCCAUAAAGUCUCAAAAUCAGAUGAAGGUUUCUACCACUGUAAACACCCAGAGAGAGGAGAGUCACCGAGAAGCUGGAUCUCAGUCAGACGUCCAUCACAUUUAGAAGCUCCAUAUUCAGUGCUCAUGCUGAUCAGUAGUGUAGUGACGGCAUCUCCAUAUCUGCUGAUCACCAUCAUUCUGCUGGUCAAAUGUUACAGAGCUCGAGCUCACACUGAUGAAGACAGAAUUGAGAAUGCAGUCAUAGAGGAGUGAACAAAGUUAAUCUAUAAAAAGACGAUGCAUGUAUUAUCAAAUGAUUUCUUUAUUGCUUAUUGUGUGGAUUUUACCAUAAUAAUGAUUUUUAAUUACAUGCUGUUAUUUGCUCUGCAUCUUAUAAAUAUCCUCAUUGUUCUGUCUGGAUUUGUUUAGUUAAAGCCUGCAAACCUCCUCAUGAGGUGAAAGUGACCAUGUGAGUAGACUGUAAUAAAGCCGACAUUCUGCUUAUGCAAAACAGUACAAAUGUGUGGAAAUACUUAUCAUGAAAUAUAUUGUUUAAGAUAAAAUGUUGAUGGAUUGUCUGAAGUUUGAGUUUUGCUUCUGCUAAAUACCAUCUGACAUGUGGGAUAUAAAUGUGUCUGCUGUUGGAGUGAGUUCAAUCCCAACAUGGUGACCUGCACAUUCAAACCUGUAGUGAAGCUUAUACAAACACAGAAAUCUGCACAAAAGUGUUGUCCAGAAAAUGUUGUGUUGUGUGCUAGAACAUGCACUAGUGAGAUUUGCUUCAUAUCCAGAGAGUGAAUAUGGUUUCAGUUGCAGGAUUUGAGAAUGAAAAUGUCCAGUGUAGGUUGUAUUUUCUGUAAAGGUGACUGCAGUCAGAGCGGUUGGUGAGAAGCUCAGUGUUACUGGAGUUAAAGGAAGUUAAACAUAAAAACAAGUUCAUUGACUGAUCUGAAUUAUGGUGUGGAACUAAUAUUGUGUUUUGUGUCUCCUCAGUAUAAGUUCUAUAUAUCAAUACUGUAUAUGUACUGCUGUGUUCACUAAACCUGGUAGAAAUAAUUUAUCAUAUGAAAUACAAGUAAUAUACUGAGAAAACUUUUAUGCCUUUGUCAAUAUGAACAUGUUUACCAUUAAAAAAGAUUAUAUAAUUAUAUAAUGAUG